AUACAGUAGUGGAGUCAGAUUGCGUCUGAUGUUUUUCUCUUUAUCUGUGACUGACUAAUGCAAGACAUACAGUUAAAUAACUAAGCAGCAAGCGUCUAGUCCUCAGGAAUGAAAAUAACACACUCAAAACGUUAAUUUAGGAACCUUUUAUUGGAUCGUUCCUGUAAAUAGUCAAGCAUUCAUUCAAACCAACUAGGGGAUUGCGCUAUUCAGAACCAUGGAUUUGCACAUUCUGGAUCACAGACUGCGAGUGACCAGCAUUUGCAAAAAUGGUCUGGUCAAUUUCACUCACCCCCUCAUCAAACUCAUUUUCCUGCGGAACAGAGCAAGAUGCAAGUUCUUCAGUCUGACAGAGACCCCAGAGAACUACACUGUUGUCCUGGAUGAAGAGGGAUUUAAAGAGUUGCAGCCCUCGGAGCAUCUACUGGUCGAAAGUUCCGUGUGGCUGCCACUCAACGUGGUCUCCAACGGCAACUCCUCCAGCAGCUCGCAGGCGGUGGGAGUGACCAAAAUCGCCAAGUCUGUCAUCGCCCCAUUGGCCCAGCAGCAUGUGUCAGUCUUCAUGCUCUCGACCUAUCAGACGGACUUCAUCCUGGUGAGGGAGAAGGACCUGGCUGUCGUUAUUAACACUCUGGAGGAGGAGUUCAACAUCUACAGAGAGGUGGGGGGAGAGUACUCUGCUGUUCUCAGCCAAGAUGUCCACAAUGGCUUCCAGAAGAACGGCAAAGAAGCCCCCCAGCUGACAGUGCACCCUUUGCUGAUACCUCAGAACCAGUUCUGUGUGAUGAGUCUGGACCCAGACACUCUGCCUGCCAUCGCAACAACACUCAUCGACGUUCUCUUCUACUCUAACAGUCCUAAAGAGGGCGCUCUUCCCAGCCAGGACCUGGACUGUAUCAAGUUCUUUUCCUUCUCUCUGAUCGAUGGCUACGUCUCUCUGGUCAUGGACACAGAGGCACAAAGACAGUUCCCUGCUGAUCUUCUCUUCACAAGUUCCUCCAGGGAGCUGUGGAGGAUGGUGCGCAUUGGGGGACAGCCUCUGGGUUUCGACGAGUGUGGCAUUGUUGCCCAGAUAUCCCAGCCCUUAGCCGACAACGACAUCUCAGCCUAUUAUAUCAGCACCUUCAGCUUCGACCAUGCCCUGGUACCUGAAGAGGACAUAGUGAGCGUGACUGAGAUGCUCCGGCAGCACAGGAAAGAGCCAGCCUGCUGAUGGCGACCUGGCGGCUUGGUCCAUACUACACCCCUCUCCGUGUCCUGGGGCAGUACAGGUCUGAAGCGAGAUGCGAACUCCGUGCCUAGACUAGCACUGCAGCGUGAGCAGUAUUAACCAUAAACUUUGUUGCCAUGACCACCAAAAGCGCUUCAAGGAAGGGGUGUCUGAAGAGAGCCUCUUGUCUUCCCAGAAUUCCCUGGGAGACGCAUUGUUUGGACGCUGCCAGGACCCCUGACCAAUGGGACAAGGGGAUUGGUGAACUGAAGUACUGUUGUGAUGAUGGUAACACUGUACUUAAGGCCUGCAGGUAUAAUGCAUUAUGAUGCGGUUAUGUUUUCAUGCGGUUAUGUUAUAGGCAUAUAUAACCCCCUCAUGUCUUGUUAUCGUCUCAUAAAGAUCCUGACUAAAUAACAGCCAUCGAGUCAUAGCCCAUGCCUUGUAAUAACGCAUUAUAAAGGCGUGUACAUGUUUAUAACAUGUAAUAAUGCAUAAUACCCGCAGUUUAUAAAAUGUAACCGUGAUGGAUUUUCUUAUGCUACUUACCUGCUUGCCGCAGGGCACAAACAUGUUACUAGUACUAUAAACAACACGACUGUCUUCCAGUGGUGUUCAUAUCGUAAUGCUGUGUCAGAACGCCACCCUUUGUGUCAAAGAUCAAGUUAUUUCAUGGUUGAGUGAAUUAUGUGAAGCACAACUUAUGCAUUGGUAAAACAUUAUUCUCCA